AGAUAGCAAAGCUAGAACUCGAAUAUCAUGUCGCUAGAUAAAAAUACAAAACAAAUGCUAUGUCAUUACGGGCUCUACUCAGUCACCAUUCAGAGCCUUCCUCUCUUGUUUCUUCUCACCCGCGUCCGCUCAUCAACACCGCCUCCCUCUUCUCCCACCCAUCAUCCCGCUCCCGCCCAUCAUCCCACCACCUCCCAUUCUCCUGCGUCCUCCACCACCCAUCAUACCUCCUCCACCCAUCCCCGAGCCACCCAUACCACCACUAGUGUGGUGCACAACGUGCGUCGUUCCUCCACCGCGGCCAAAGCGGCUGCCUCCGCUCAUCGGCAUACCGGAACCAUGAGCGCCGCCACGGCGGGACAUGCGAGACGGUCCACAGCCCAUGUUAUCGCCGUGUAUAUGUUCGGGGAUCGUGAGGUCCUUGAGUGCGUCGAUGCUCAACUAGCUGGCUUGCGGGUCGUAUCGAUACUGCCGUCGAUACGAGUCUCUCUAUGUUCUCGUGCUGGGUUGCCCGAUGAUGAGGACUAGCAGCAGCACAGCAAUAGUAGGAGAGUCUUCAGACACGUGGUGGGUGUCUAGUGUUUGGCUUGGAGGGGAAAGCCGGCUGUUGCAGGUGUGAUUUUCACUGUUUGCCGGUUUUGUCUACGUUGGUUUGCGUCGACUUGGGCUGCAGCUGAAUUGCGAUGGGCCCUUGGGGAUCGCGAGAGUUUGAGGAGGAGUGAGAGACACAGGGUUGCGGUCUGUAAGGAGUUUUCGUGGCUGAUUGGAGACACAGAAGAUAGUUGUAUCUGUGUAGCUGUUGCUGUUGAUUUAUUUUGAACUGAUAUGCUAACAUUUUGACCUGGG